GUUAGUGAGCGGAGGGUUGGUUUGGCCAUGGAGCCUCGCCCGACCGAGGUCGUCACGCGCCCCAGCAGUCCCUAUCAAUACCCCAAGGCCAUCCUUAAUCCUGCGGUCAAGGAUUAUGUGGUCUGGUCGCUCUUCAGUUUCACCAGCUGCAAUUGCUGCUGCCUUGGCUUGUUCGCCCUCCUCUUCUCCAUUAAGUCAAGAGAUCGUAAAGUUCUUGGAGACCCUGAAGGUGCAGCUAAUCAUGGCAGAACAGCCAAGUACCUGAAUAUUGCUGCAGUGAUAAUAACCAUCAUAAUCUAUAUUAUUAUCAUCAUUAUAUUAAUCAGUAGUGCACUGUUCAUCGUUAACAUAGUCUUCGAAAUAAUGAGGCUUCCAGAUGAAAUAGAAGAAUUCAGAGGGAACUAAACCAUACAUUCAAGAUACUAUUUUCAACUAUGUAUUCUACUUUAGCAUUGCUUUAGCUUUCUGCUGCACACCUUAAGCAUAUCAAUUAACAGCUUGAUUACAUUUUUGGGUAUAUAGAGAUUAUUUUUGUCACUAUAUCUAUAUCCUAUUUCCAUACCACAACUUAUUGAAGUUAUUUAUUGAAAAGUAGAUUAUUUAACUGAGUUGAUGUUUUCUUUAACCCAAGGUCUAGAUUUCUGCCUUCCUAAUCUUUGUUGCUCCUAGGAGUCAUCCAUUUUUGUUAUUUAUUUAUUUAUUUAUUUAUUUAUUUAUUUAUUUAUCAAUUUAUUAUAUUGCCUGUUUUAACCUAAGUGACUCUGGGAAGUUAACAAAUAAAAAGGGUUACUGUAUUUUAAUUUCUCAUGGAACAUUUUAUGUAUUUCAGUAUGUUUUCAAUAUCAGAGUUUUCUGUAUUUCAAUAUGAAGU